ACAUCAGUGUUCAUCGCUGCCUUCCCAUUUGAGAGUGCACCAGAGCCCGUUCGCCGGAAAGUCUGUGUAAAUUCACGGCAAACAAAUUAUAAAAAUAGAUAAAAAAUUUAGCAUCGGAAAAGUAGUUGCCGAAUAUUCGAAGCAUUGGCCGGACGGAGCUUUUCUGGUCCCGCAUCGUCGUCGUCCCAGUGUCGUCAUCGAUGGAGCGGGCGUGAGCAGUGGCGGAAAGCGAAUUAAAUUGGAUUCUUUUUCAAUUCUUUUAUUAUUUUCGAGCGCGAGCGUUUAGUCGAAUUUUGUCCGAAGCUGCGUGCGGGCGUGGGUCUCUAAAGACUAAACAAACUUUAUAUAAUUACCGAUCUUGAUCCGAGAGAAUAUAGUUCGCUAGAGUUUCGCACAAUUUUUGCCAAAAAGGAUUCAAUAAGAACAUCUCUGGCCAACAAAGUCCAGAAUGAGUGAAGUCCCGAACUCAACUAUCCCCGCCCAUGACACCAAAAUUGGGGCAGAGAUCUUUCACAGCAUUUCCAGUAGCUUUGCUGACCAGAAUGUGGUGAUAUCCCCACUCCUGCUGGAAGCCACUCUGGCCCUCCUCUACCUGGGAUCCGAUGGAGCCACCGCUGAGGAACUACAGAAGCUGUUGCGACUGAAGCAACGAUUCCCCAGCAACGCCAAAAUGGCCAAUUUCUUUGCCUCCGAACUGUCCAACAUCACAGGAGAUCCCGAUACUAGAAUUCAUCUCCGAAAUCACUUACUAAUACAGCCGACUUCUGGUGCGGGAUCAGGCAUAGCUGAGGACUUCCAAAAGAUUGCUCAGACAUAUUUCCACGCCACAGCGGAGAGCAUCGAUCUGGAGCAGCCGGAGAAGCUACGACGCCACAUCAGCGAAAAGAUUCUAUCCGCCGUGGGAGGUGGCAGUUGGCAAGAAAUUCAGGUGGAGGGCAGUUCUCUGGCCAAAAUCCUGCUCCUGCUGGCUGCCAAUCUCCAGAGCAAGUGGUUUCUUCCUUUUAGUGCCUACAGAACGGGUCUGUACGACUUCCACAGCGGCAGUCAUCCGGAGCAGGCCAAGUCAGUGGCCAUGCUCUUCGACGACGACAUGUUCGUGAAGUUCGCCGAGCUCCGGGAUCUGAAUGCCCGCGCCAUCGAACUGCCCUACGAACACACCGAGGAGCUGUCCAUGUUGCUCAUCCUGCCCAAUCAGCGUGAUGGCCUGCCGGAGCUGGAGAAGCAGCUGCGUAGCCAGGACCUGGGUGAACUGCAGCAGCGGAUGCAAAUGGAGGGCGUGCAAGUUCUGCUGCCCAAAUUCAGCAUCGAUUUCGAGUGCAGUCUCCGCCAGCCAUUGAAGCAGUUGGGCUUUGAGCAGAUUUUUUCGGCUUCGGCGGACUUUAAACAUUUGCAUCCAACUGGCAGCCUGCCAGUGGCGGAUGUUCUCCAAAAGCUGCGCAUAAAUUUAAACGAGUCUGGCUCCGGAUCUGAACACCCCCGAGUGGCAGCAGAAUACAAACCCAUUGUGAUCAGCAAUUCCUCCCGCCAGAAAUUCUUUCGAGCCGACCAUCCAUUCUUCUUUGCCAUUCGCAGCGAGAAUGUGACCUACUUGAUGGGUCAUGUGGUGGGAUUUUAAAUAAAUCCUGGAAAACAUCCUCGAAUGCUCACUGGGCAGAAAGGCUUCUGUAAUAUUUCGAAAUGUAUCAUAAAAAUAAGUAAUUUAUAAUUCAUACGUAAUAAACAUGUGAAGAUUGGAUUUUUCCUAAGUACUUUA